AUGCCGCGGUCCUUCCUAUUGUAUAAGAAAAAGAAGAAACAGGGGGCCUGUGGAGGAUGGAGGUGGAGAGACCCAGUUCAGACAGUCUGGAAAGAGGACAACAGAUCAGUGAGUGAGAAUGCUGAGCCCCGGCCACGUGUCCCCCUCAGCUCAGGUGACUUCAUGUGUUCGGAAUGUGACAAGGUGUUCCCUCUGCAGUGCAUGUUGACCCGCCACCUCAAAUGCCACAGCAUGGCGAAGAGACACCCCUGCCACUGCUGUGGCAAGGGCUUCAACGACACCUUCGACCUAAAGAGGCACAUGCGCACUCACACAGGUAUCCGUCCGUACCGCUGUGAGCUGUGUGACAAGGCCUUCACCCAGCGCUGCUCCCUCGAAUCCCACCUGAGGAAGAUCCAUGGUGUUUUCCAGCAGUAUGCCUACCGCCAGCGUCGCUCCAAGAUCUUCGUGUGCGAGGACUGCGGCUACACAUCCAACCGGCCCGACGAGUACUUCCUCCACAUGUGCCAGUGCCACCCGGGGAGCCAAGCCCUGCGCCGCUACUACCGCCACCAGGCACAUGAGGGCGCCAACAACAUGCCCUAUCAACACAAACCCAGCCCCCUUUUUAUUUAUACUACGGCUGGGUAUUAUAUGGGUUGA